GGUCAUUAGAAGGUCAUGACUUGUCGAAAGGGACGUCAUAGUUCCGUUUCGACAAGCCAAUGGAAAUCAUUAUUACACCUGUCAGCUCGUACGCUUUGUGAGUGUUGGAGUAAGGUUUGCAAGUCAAAACGUGUGAUUCUAAAUGCUGCACGUGGUCCAGCGGAUAAAUUACAGAUAUUUCAGUAUCCUAGUUCGAUGGCAUCUCAACAAAAUACGAGCAUCAAAGUUUGCUGCCGUAUACGAGAGCAAAAUGAAAAAGAUAAGGAGGCUUUGGUACACAGUUAUGAAUUUCGUGAUGAAAAAUCAAUGCUACAUUUACAUUCGGACAAAGUGUAUACUUUCGAUCAAAUAUUUGAUCCGAAUUCAUCCCAAGAACAAGUAUACGAUGACGUCGCUAAACCCAUAGUUGCAAGUGUUUUGACUGGAUACAAUGGCACUAUUUUUGCUUAUGGACAAACUUCUAGCGGCAAAACCUACACAAUGGAGGGAGACCUAUCAGAUACUGAAAGACUUGGAAUUAUACCACGAGUUGCUCACGAUAUUUUUAAUCAAACAGAAUCUUUUGAAGACUCAAUAAAAUUCGAAAUAAAGAUUUCGUUUUAUGAAAUUUAUUUGGAGAAAAUAUUUGACUUAUUAAGUGAUUCACAGAAGGAAAGCUUAUUUGUAUAUGAGGACAAAAAGCGUAUUCCUUUCAUUAGAGGUCUUAGAGAGAUAACAGUCAGAAAUGUCGAAGACCUUAUGAAAUUCUUUAAUAAAGCUAAGCAUAAAAGACAUGUGGUUGCGACGGAUCAUAAUAGAAUGAGUUCGAGGAGUCAUGCUGUGUUCCAGAUAGUGAUAAAGCAAGAAAACUCUGCAGAUCGAAAGAUAAUAACGGGAAAGCUCCUACUAGUUGAUUUAGCUGGCAGUGAGAGAGCUGGACAAAGUGAUGUAAAUGGCUCUAAGAUUCGAAUAGAAUCCAGUUACAUAAAUAAGUCUCUAUCUGUUUUGUCUAGAGUGAUUUUUGUUUUAACUAGUAAUACAAAAGACUUACCACCAUACAGAGAGAGUUGUCUCACUCGAUUGUUGAAGGAGAGUUUGGGAGGAAACUCACAAACAGUCAUUAUCGUCUGUGUAAGACCUUCAUCUGAAAGUGAAACGAAAUAUUCAUUGGAGUUUGGAACGCGGGCUAAAAUAAUAAAAAAUAAUCUACGCAGGAACGUGAAACUAAGCGAAAACAAAAUGAGUAGAUUACAGAAAUACAUCAGUAUCGCUAAUAAAUAUAUAAAAAAUUGUGCUACAGAGUUGCAAAGAUGGAGAAGUGGUGAAACUGUACCAGAGGAAGAAUGGAUUCCUCCCUUCGAUUACAGUGAAGGAGAUACUUUCUCAAAACAAUCUUUGAGGGACUCUGCUCGUCUGUCAAGCAGCCAGAUUUUGCCAGAAUCGUCCAUUUUUAAUACUCCCUGUUAUGACUUGAAUGAGUCUCUUCAAAGCUGUGAGGAUAUUAGCGACUUAGACAGACAAUUAGACAUUAUGAGACAACCGUUUCCACGGCUCUCACUGGAAAAUACUAUGUCUAUGCAAGCUGAAAAUGAGAAAGUGAGAGACAUGGAUGAGAAUUAUGAAGCUGAAAUGGUCAAACUAAAGGAAGAAUUGUUUUUUUCUGAGGAACAAAUCCUUAUACUUCACCAGGAUAUGGAAACAAUUACUCAAGAGUUAAAGUUACAAAAGGAAAGAAACGAGGAGUUAUCAAACAUGUUGAUAACAGAGAACAAAAAAAAGAAAACACACGAAACAAAAGCAGAAUGUUGCAUGCAAGAUCUCUACAAUUUCAAAAGGAUCAUGAAUGAAUGCUUAGCGCUUUUAAAUCAAAAAAUGUCAGAAGAAAUUAACGCAAAUUUUAAUUCACCUAAAUCUUUACCUGAAGUCAACCCAGAAAUUGCGGGACAGUUGAACCACAUCACCGGCAAAGUGCUAAAAGAAACGUUGAGUUCAGAAGAUAUUCAGAAUCAAAUUUUCAUGUUGUUUGCCCAUCUUCAAAGACUGUCGCGGUUUCACAUUGUGCAAGAGCAAAAGAUUGCUGCAGUCUCCUCAGAAAGAGAUUCUGCAGAUGAAAAAAUUAUAUCAUUGCAGAAUGAACUAUGCAAUUUAAAUACAAGCCAUGCAGCUAAAGACCAGGCUUUGCAAGCAUCAAUACUUGAGAAGUUGCAACAUUUAAAGACAGAAGGUUUGCAGGAAUCAUUACGGAAAUGCAAUAUCCAAAAUAACAUUAUAGAACUUUGCGAUCAGCUUAUAAAUUUGUCGGAAAAAUGUGAUCUGCAAGAGCAAAAAAUUGCAGCAGUUACGGAUGAAAGAGACUCUGCAGUUGAAAAAAAUAUAUCAUUUCAGGAUGAACUAUGUCAUUUAAAUGCAAGCUAUGCAGCGAAAGAUCAGGCUUUGCAAGCAUCAAUAGAUGAGAAGUUGCAACAUUUAAAGAUAGAAGGUUUGCAGGAAUCAUUACGGGAAAACAAUAUCCAAAAUAAUAUUAUAAAACUCUGUGAUUGGCUUAUAAAAUUGUUCGAAGAAUGUGACCUGAAAGACCAAAAAAUUUUAGAACUUUCGAAAGAAAAAGAUUCUGCAGAUGAAAAAUUUAUAUCAUUGCAGAAUGAGCUAUGCAAUUUGGAAGCAAGACAUGCAGCUAAAGAUCAGGCUUUGCAAGCAAUAUCCAAAAUAAUAUUUUAAAACUCUGUGAUCAGUUUAUAAAUUUGUCGGGAAAAUGUGAUCUGCAAGAACAAAAAAUUGCUAAACUUUCGAAAGAAAAAGAUUCUGCAGUUGAAAAAAGUAUGUCAUUACAGAAAGAUAUAUGCAAUGUAAAUAAAAAGCAUGCAGCCGAAGAUCAAGCUUUACGAACAGCAUUAGUAGAGAAGCUGCAACACUUGAACAUACCUUUUUUCAAUGAAUUAUCAAGUGUAAGUGAUGUUAAAAACAAUAUCAUGAAGCUGUGUGAUCUGCUUUCAAGUUUGUCGAAAAAAUGUGACCAAAAAGACCAAAGAAUUGCACAAAUUUCGAGAGAAUUAGAUUCUCAAUACGAAAGUAAUACGUCGUUACGAAAAGAAAUAUGCAAUUUAAAUGAAAGCUAUGCAGCUAAA